AUGCAAGAAAAAUAUUCCAAAGGAAGUAUUAUAGGGGCCGGUACUUAUGGCACUGUUUACCGUGCGCGCGAGAAAGUCACUGGUAGGCAAUUCGCUAUUAAAAAGAUUGUUGUGGACAAGUAUAGCUUUGAUAACGGAAUACCUGCAUCGACAAUGCGUGAAAUUGGUGUUCUUAUCGAGCUUGACCAGUUUAAGCACCCAAAUAUCGUGGGGGUUCACGAGAUAAUUCACGAGGAUCGCAGUAUAUCAAUUGUGUUCGAAUGUGUUGACUGGGACCUUAGAACCUACAUGGAUUCACUAAAAAAGUCAGGAUAUAAACCCAAAGGUCUCAGAAACGGAGGAUUGCCAGGCCCUUUAGUCAAGUCAUUUACCAGGCAGCUGCUUGACGCUCUCAGAUUCUGCCAUCAAUAUAAAAUAAUCCACCGCGACAUUAAGCCAUCAAACAUUUUGCUAGCAAAAAACGGUGUCAUAAAGCUCGCCGACUUUGGCUUAUCGCGUUCCCAUUCAAUCUGCGACCGCACAUAUUGUCAUGAAAUUGUAACACUUUGGUACCGCGCGCCGGAAAUCAUGUUGGGUUCGCCGUCGUAUGGAACUGCUGUCGACAUUUGGAGCACUGGGUGCAUUGCUUAUGAAAUGGUAAUGACUAUGCCUUCGUGUAUUUUUUUGAGGUUACCGGUAAUGUACUGUUUCCUGGGGAUAGCGAAAUUGAUCAACUGUUUCAAGUUUUUCGAAAGCACGCCAACUGACGAAACCUGGCCUGGCGUGAAGUGCAUGCCAGACUACAACGAGGAAUUCCCUAAAUUCCGUCCGAAUUUUUUUGCUCAACGAGAGGUUACAAAGGAAUUCCAAGCAUUUAUCCAAGUAGGUGUUUAUGUACACUGUAUUCAACUUCACACACCAGAAUUUGUACAUCACUUGCCGGUCUUUUAUUCAAGGAAAUGCUGA